AUGCGCCGCCAUAUCUUCGGGAUUGCCGCUCUGUCCUGGGCCGCGACAAGCGCUCUCGGUGGACCAAUGUCCAGUCCUACGAUGCACUCCUCGACCGUGUCUUCUGCGUCGCCGACCGCUUCUUGUAUCGACUCUCAGUUCGUUGCCUGCUACAGUACCCCGGACCAUGCUGCUGUCUACGAUCACCGCCGGCACUACGACGCCGAGGAGCCCUCGGCCCUCCCCCGACUGCAUCAACCGGGAAAGAUGAAGCGAGCCGUGAGGAACGCCGACUACGGAUCUAGUCCCAGCGGUACCACUUCGGAUGACUCUUCUCCUGAAUCGACGGCUGCUGCGCACAAGCGCGCGUCUUACAGCAUCUCUCCGGAGGCUACUAUGACCGGCCAGGCUUCUGCGGUGCCAGUUCGCUUGCAGUUCCCCUCGCAUCAAGGUCACAAUGCCAUACAGGAUCGCGAGGUGCAGGCGAUGUCGGCGGCCAGCAAUGCGCGGAGCGGCUCUUCUGAGGUUCCGGUCCCCACUGGUGCUAUAGGCUUAGUUGGCGCGCAUACAGCGAAGACGACCGAGGCUCCGGUGCCUACGUCCACUGGUCAUCCCAAGCGCGAGGAGGACGCCAGUACGUCGACUAUGUGCUCCAUGCCUGGUCCCCCAGGGCUCUUGAAGGCGCCCGACGCGCACGGAUCCCAGGGCCCUACCACCACUCACCUCGGCAGGCGCGAGGAGGAUGCUCGUACCUCGGUUCAGUCUCAUAAGAGUUCAACUGAACAUCCUGGCGCCACUGCUAUCGCAAACGUUCAGGACUACGAUAUGCCGAACAUGACUCGUCCAACACCCCAUCAGAAGCGUCACUCGGAGCACGACGAGGAAGUUGCGGCUAGCAGAAGCUCUUCUACGGCUCAUUCCUCCGGUGCAGUUCCAGGCAUUCUCAACGUUCAUCCUAGGGCUUUGGUUCCCCACGUCCCUAAUCCUGCAAUUUACCACAAGCGGCACGAUGAUCCUCGCGACGAUGCUAUGACCUCUACGAUGCACGAUGAAGGCCAUCUACUGCUUCCCACUCCGCCUAGCCAUGGUGUUUCUUCGUCCAUGCCGAGCGCGUCUCACGGCGCUCAUGCUAAGCGUCAGGCGGUCUUGGGUGUUCUGAUUCCUAGCCACCACGGUCAAGCUCCUCCCAGCGUGUCUCAAGUACGUGCUCCUGAGCAGCCCAGUUUCUCACCUCCGGCUUCCGCACCCACUGGUUCUGGCAAGUCUGAAGAGGAAGCCUCCGCUCCCUCCCCUACUCCCGAAGGCUUGCCGGUGAAGCGUCACAUGGGCCCGUUGCAUUCGUUUGUCCCUCAGCAGUCGCCCACUCCGGGGUCGGUGAUGAUGGCCGACUUUGCUUCAUCGUCGUCUGUCUCGCACUCAUCUGGGCAGCAGCACUCGACGAAGAAGGCUGAUGAAAUGCCAGUAUCGACUGAUCAGGGUUUGCCCAGUCACACUCUCCCACCUCGUGAGGUUCCUGUGACCGUUUCGCACAACUUCUCGACGCAUACCUUGCCGACGCAUACACUUGCCCCUCGUGGGGUUGCUCUUCCGGUCUCGCACAACUUUUCGACGCAUACCCUCCCGACGCAUACACUCGCUCCUCGUGCUGUUUCUCUCCCGGUCUCGCACAACUUCUCGACGCAUACACUUCCUACGCACAUGGCUGUUCCGAGGCAGAUGCACAACGCGGAUUACUCCAACGGAAACGGGACUGCCGCGCAAGCUCAAGCUGACCCUACGGCGGCUGCUGCCCAGAAACGUGCGGUGAAGGUCGCAGCGCAUUUACCGACUACUGAGAACCGUGCACCGUACGUGCCGCCUGGCGCCAAGGGGUCUGAGGGUGAUGCUGGAAAGCGGGGCGAGGAGGCGUUGAUUUGGUCGGCGGCGAGGAGGGAGGUGGAGGCGACGAAGAGUGCGAGUGCGAGUGCUACCCAUGAGAGCUUGCCCGCCCCUACGGAGAAGCUUGAGAAUUACGCUGGGAUGCACAAGAAUGGUGCGAGCGGCAGGGAGCGCGUCGCUUGA